UUCUUUUUUUGGUCAGAUCUUAAAACAAGCGCACCAUAGGUUCUUGUGGGAAGCGCAUUUACGAAACGACCAUACUGCAAUACCAUAUUUAUAUCUAUUUAAACUUAUAUGGUUGUUCGGGAUGCUUCAAAGGAGUACAACACUGCGUUAUUUUUUGGGUCUCUUUCCUGGGAAACGUCGUUUUGGUCUGUAUAGAUUUCUUCCAGUCUUUUUUUGCAUUGGAGGUGUCAUGGAGUGGAUCAUGAUCAACGUGAGAAUAGGAAAAGAAACGUUCUAUGACGUCUACCGAAGAAAACAAUCCGAGAGGGAGUACCAGCAAAAAGUAGCAGAUGGUGGCACAGCCGUGAAUAAGCCCUCAGCCGAGUGAAGGAUGCUUGUGUGGACUUGAUACAUUUCAUCAUGGACACAUCCUUUGGAAUUUUGCCACAGGAGCAAAUCCAUGAAGUUAUGGGACGAUUAUGCAGAGUUGAUGUCGUUCACCUUUUAAAUGAAUGACGCUGUAUGUUUAUAAUCACGUAUGAGGUGUGUUGAUCGGAUUUUAAAUACAAAAUGCACCUGCAAAGACCCCAAAGUGUGUGUUUGGUGUGUGACUGUCUAUAAUAAAGUGCAUGACAAAUUA